CAUGGCCGACAGCAAGGCCAAGCCCAAUAAAGCCGCCAACAAGACGCCCCCCAAGUCCCCAGGGGACCCUGCAAAGGACAAGGCUGCUAAGAGGCUGUCACUGGAGUCAGAAGGUGCCAACGAGGGGGCGGCCGCCUUGGCCCCGGAGCUCACUGCUCUGGAGGAGGCCUUCCGGCGGUUCGCGGUGCACGGGGACACCAGGGCCACCGGGAAGGAGAUGCAUGGCAAGAACUGGUCGAAACUGUGCAAGGACUGCCAGGUGAUCGACGGGAAGAACGUGACUGUCACCGACGUGGACAUCGUGUUCAGCAAAAUCAAGGGGAAGUCCUGCCGGACCAUCACGUUUGAGCAGUUCAAGGAGGCAUUGGAGGAGCUCUCCAAGAAGAGAUUCAAGGACAAGAGCAGCGAGGAGGCUGUGCGAGAGGUGCAUAGGCUUAUAGAGGGCAAGGCCCCCAUCAUCUCAGGAGUGACGAAAGCCAUCUCCUCGCCCACCGUGUCGCGGCUCACGGACACGACCAAGUUCACAGGCUCCCACAAGGAGCGCUUUGACCCGUCCGGCAGGGGCAAGGGCAAGGCCGGCCGCGUGGACCUGGUGGACGAGUCGGGCUACGUGCCAGGCUACAAGCACGCAGGCACCUACGACCAGAAGGUGCAGGGGGGCAAGUAGCCAAUCCCGGGGACAGGGCCUUCCUCUGUUGCUGGCCCCACAUCACCUCACUCUUCUUUACAUUCCUGGGCUCACUGGGGCAGAACUCAGAUGCUGGGGCAGAGUGGCUGUGGGUGACUCCCAGGCCUCCCUCCUGCCAGGGGCCCCAGCAUGCUCCUCUCCUACCCCAGGUGUAGCCCCUGAACUCACUGACCUUUCUCUAAUGCACCUGCCUUGUCCCAUGUUGGGAAGUCAACAAAUGGUCCUUUCCAAAGUGUUUCCUGGAUCCAGACCACAGAGGCCACCUGGUUUGCAGGCAAAAGCAGUUGUUUUACAGGAGCGUGUGGGACAGACCCUGUCAGAGGCG